AUGGAUGUGACGCGCGCCCCGGGGUUCCUCUCUCUGUGCGUCCUCCUUCUCCUCUCCAACACUUUGGACGGAGCCUUAACUUUUGAGCUGACUCUGCUUCACACCAACGACCACCAUGCCCGCGUCGAGGAGACAAGCCGAGAGGCGGGGAAGUGCCGGGGAGAUGGACCCUGCUUCGCCGGAGUCGCCAGAAGGUUCACGAAAAUCUCCGAAAUCCGCCGGAACGAAACGCACGUUCUGUUACUGGACGCCGGUGACCAGUUCCAGGGAACUCUCUGGUUCAACUUUUACAAAGGAGCGGAAGCGGCUUACUUCAUGAACCUACUGGGCUAUGACGCGAUGGCCUUUGGAAACCACGAGUUUGACAACGAGGUGGAGGGUCUUCUCUCCCCCUUCCUUCAUAACGUCAGCGCUGCCAUGCUCAGUGCCAACAUGAAGGCAGACCAGACACUGGGCCCGCAAAUCAACGCCCUCUAUCAGCCAUCCAAAGUGUUCACCCUUGGCUCAGAAAAGGUGGCUGUGGUGGGAUACACUACAGCAGAGACCCCUCUCCUGUCCCAGCCCGGACCCAACCUGGUCUUCCAGAACGAGGUGGAGGCCCUCCGGGUUGAGGUGGAGAGACUGACCUCCAUGGGCGUCAACAAGAUCAUCGCUCUGGGUCACGCCGGCUUCGACGUCGACAUAGACAUCGCCAAGCGAGUCAAAGGAGUUGAUGUCGUCAUUGGAGGACACAGCAACACCUUUCUUUAUACUGGCAGCCCGCCGUCGUCCGAGAUCCCAGAAGGAGUCUACCCGCACAUGGUGCGGUCCGACGACGGGCGAGAUGUUCCCGUGGUCCAAGCGUUCGCCUUUGGGAAAUACCUGGGGAACCUCAAAGUCACCUUUAACCAAGCCGGAGACGUUAUUAAGGCGGUCGGGAACCCCAUCCUCAUGGACAGCAGUGUAGCUGAAGACCCGGGUGUGCUGGCCGAAGUGCUUCACUGGAAACAGAACCUGUCCCACCUCUCCACCCAGGUCGUCGGGCACACCUUAGUCUACCUCGAUGGCUCCAAGGAGUGCCGCUCAGAGGAGUGUAACCUUGGCAACCUGAUCUGCAGUGCCAUGAUCUCUAACAACAUCAAGCACUCUGACGAGCUCCGCUGGAACCACGUGGGUCUGUGUAUGAUGAACAGUGGGGCCAUCCGCACCUCCAUAAAUGAGCGCUUUAAGAACGGAACCAUCACAAUGGAGGACCUGCUCCUGGUGCUGCCCUUCGGGGGAACCUUCGACCUGAUCCAGGUGAAGGGCUCCACGCUGAGGAAGGCCUUCGAGCACUCGGUCCAUCGCUACGGGAGCAAGAGGGGAGAGUUCCUUCAGAUAGGAGGCUUCCACGUGGAGUACCUCGUGUCCCGGCCGGUGGGCCAGCGCCUGGUGUCCCUGGAGGCUCUGUGCACCGCGUGCCGCAUGCCCCGCUACCUACCGGUGGUCCCCGACGAGGAGUACAAGCUGGUGGUCACCUCCUUCAUCGCCGACGGAGGGGACGGGUACGACAUGCUGAAAGACGAGAGGCUAAAGCACGACACGGGUGACAUGGACGUCUCUGUUCUCUCCAAAUACAUCAUGGAGCAGCAGCGUGUUUAUCCUCCGCUGGACGGUCGGAUCAGGUUCAUCAACUCUGCAUUCUGCGUGGCAAGCAGCUCCGCCAUGCUGCUAGUGGCCAUGGUCCUGGCCUCCGUCCUCUGAUCACCUGCCUCAUCACUCAGAGAUUACCACACAGAUGAGAGCCAUGGACGUUGCGACUAGCCUUAUUGAAAGUCUCAU